AUGUUCAAAUCAACUCUCUCAUCAUCAGCAUCUUUGUUAUCUCGUCGUUGUAUCAACGUUGGUAGUAGUAGCCGUAAAGCAGCAUCAUCGGUGGUCAAAAACAACACAUUGGACUAUCCUUUCUUCUCCUCCGUAAAUCGUCUCUUCCAUUCUAAUCGAUUAUGCAGUGAUAAAACCAACAUGCUCAUCUGUUUCGGAUCUCAAACCGGUACAGCUCAAAUGUUUGCCGAGGGCUUGAGAAGUGAACUGUUAGGAAAGAAGGAACCAUGGUUGGCCAAUGUGAAAGUUGUAGACUUGAACGACAUUGAACCAGAGAAGGCAGUUGAGUUUGGAAUGCAAGAAGGAAAUGGCCUGUACAAUGUGGUCCUUUUUGUCAUGUCCAACUAUGGUGAAGGUCAACCAACAGAUAAUGCAAAACAAUUUUAUGAUUGGUUGAUGAGCGACAGUUCAACCAAAGUACUGCAGAAUGCAGGUAAAAAACCUCAUUAUGCAAUUUUUGGAUUAGGAAACAGUGCAAACUUUCCAGAAAGAUAUCAAGCAGUUGGUAGAAAGAUGGAAAAACGAUUAAAUGAUCUAGGACUUUCAUUAGUUUUCAAGAGAGGAGAAGGCGACGAUGGUGGUGCUGAAGGAAUUGAAACAGAUUUUGAGGUGUGGAAAAAUGAAUUUGUACAAUUCCUCAAAGAGCAAGACAAUGGCACAUCGACAUCUCAAACUUGCAGCGUUCCUCCAGAAAAGCCAAAGGAAUCUGAAGGUCUCCCUCCUGAUACAACUUCCAAUGGAAAGUAUUUUUUUCGGACACUAGAGUUUGAAAAAUAUCGGGACAAAUUAAGGCAAUUCAUUCGUGAGUACGAUAGCUCACAGUCAGUAUCACCAAAAAAUCCUUAUAGCCUUUUGAUUGACUCGGCUAAAAAUUUGUGUCCUAGAUCAAGUAGAAAGAGAUUAGAAUUAGAGUUUGCCAUUGACAAUACUCCAAUCAACUAUGAGACUGGAGAUCACAUUGCCUUGUUUCCAAUGAACUCACCUGAUCUGCUUCGUCGUUUGGAAAAGAUUUUGAAGCUUGACACACCAAUGGACAGAAUCAUUUUCACUCUUCAAACACCACCAUGUAGCAUUGAAAGUCCACCUUUUGUUGCUACUCCUGAAAAACCUGUAUCACUACAUCAAGUUUUGUCACAAUUCUAUGAUUUGAAUGGUGUUGUCACACCUACCUUGUUAACCUUUUUAGCUGAAAAAGCAACUGAAGAAAGCGAGAAAGCUAAACUUGAGCAACUUCGUUCCGUAGAGUAUCUGUCAGGAGUUAAGAACCGAAUGUUGAACAUUGUAGAUAUUCUUGAAAUGUUUCCUUCAAUUAGAGUAACAUGGCAGGAUCUAAUUGGUGUUUUACCAAAAAUUCAACCUAGAUAUUAUUCCAUUUCAUCAUCUCGUUUGGAAAACGAGGAGAGGAUCAAGAGAGGUGAAAAGCAGAUUCUUCGAGUAACAUUCAGUCCUUUGGUUUGGCCACAACCUGACGGUAGAACAUUUUAUGGUUUAUGUUCCAACUAUUUGGGAACCUUAAAAUCCCACGACUAUUGUCAAUCUGUAGUAAGAACUUCAAGCUUUAGAUUACCUCAAAACCCAAUGACACCUAUUCUCAUGUUGGCAGGAGGUACUGGAAUUGCACCAAUGAGGGCUUUCAUUGAUGAGCGACGUGUUUUGAAACAAAAGAAUCCAUCCAUCAAGUUUGGACCUUCUGUGCUCUUGUAUGGUGUUAGAGAUGAAACAGAAAUUAUCUAUAAGGACGAAAUUGAAAUGGCUCUCAAGGAUGGAUUAAUUUCUGACUUUUAUGUUUCCUUCUCACACACUCAUGGAAAGAUGAUUUCAGAUUCAAUUUGGGAGCACUCACAAUUAAUCUAUGAUAUUUUGAAGACAAACAAGGGUCACAUGUACAUGUGUGGAGGUGUAGCAGGUUUUGGAACAAAGUGCUAUGAUGCUUUGAAAAAGGUGGUCACACAUAUUGAUAAUGCUCCUGCAGAGGCUGGAGAUGCAUUUAUUGAUCUUAUGAGAAAAGAAGGUAGAUGUUUGAGGAUUUGGCUGAUUAAGCUUUUAAAAGCACCAAUUUUGUGUAAAUAUUCUUCAAGGUGUAAUUAA